UCAAUAAGCGUCUUGUGAUAUGUAUUGUUUGCGGUGCAGACCAGUUUCAUGCGAUAACAAGUAUGGCCGCCCCCAGCGCCCGCAAAACUCAGUCGAAUAAGACGGAACAAAAUCCGACGGUUCUUGCGUAUUUGAUCGCUUAUAACGUCGCUCAAGUUCUAGGAUGGAGUGCAAUCAUGUUAGCACUGCUAGGGCACCUGUUUGUAGAAUGGGACUACAAGGGGGUGUAUGAAAAGGUGUCACCUCUUCUCAACAUCUUCCAAACUGCUGCUCUGUUGGAGAUUGUUCACUGUGCUGUUGGGAUGGUACGAUCAAAUGUGAUGCUGACAGCUUUCCAAGUGAUUUCUCGUAUCUUUGUGACAUGGGGAGUUGCUUACAGCAUACCUGAGGUCCAUGACAUAUUUGGAGUCACUAUGUUCAUAUUUGCCUGGACGCUGACAGAGAUAAUUCGCUAUUCCUUCUACAUGUUCUCACUGAUAGGAGAGGUCCCAUAUGCGAUACAGUGGUGCAGAUACACGUUUUUCAUUGUGCUCUAUCCAAUUGGUGUCACGGGUGAGCUGCUGUCAAUGUGGGGAGGCUUACCAUACGUAGAAGAGACAGGUCUCUACAGUGUGGCACUGCCAAAUGCGGCUAACAUGUCUUUUAGAUAUGAUUACUACAUGAAAUUCUUCAUGUUUAUGUACAUCCCUGUGUUUCCACAGCUGUAUAUGCAUAUGCUGGCCCAGAGGAGAAAAGUGAUUGGAGGAGCAGAGAAAGCGAAAACUGAUUGAACAUAAAUACUGCGUGAUUGAACAUCUCUCAUAAACACUGUGUGAUUGAACAUCCCUCAUAAACACUGUAUGAUUGAACAUCCCUCAUAAACACUGUGUGAUUGAACAUCCCUCAUGAACACUGUGUGAUUGAACAUCCCUCAUAAACACUGUAUGAUUGAACAUCCUUCAUAUAUUGUAAACACUGUGUGAUUGAACAUCCCUCAUAAACACUGUUUACAUCAUACCCCUAGUUGUACAGAGCUGUGUUCUGUAAACACUGGGCUUAAUGCAUGUGCAUAAACUAAAGUAAAGGCCCACAUUAAGCCUGUGCUGAUAUUUUUUAGGAUAUUUUCGGUUGAACUUCACUUAUUUUGGACAUUGCUAUUACUUAGAGAAACAUUUAAAUUAUAGUUUUAUGUAUGAAUUACUAUUCAUCCAGUAUAAUAGUAGAUGCAAUUGAAAAGCAUUUGCAAGGCUAUUUAUCUGCAAUUUAGAAAGUACCAGUAUAUUUGUCAAGUAAUAAGGGCUAUAACUUUAUUUUAUUUUUCUCUGUGUUCUUAUUGAAGAUACUUUAUAGUAUUCUAUGUUUUUAUAGGCAAACCCAUUUCAUGACAAACUUCAAACAGACAAAUCAGUUCACAAAUCUGUUUAAUUUAUUUGACAAUAUGACAGAGUGAAAUGAUGUUAUGGUGUUUUAUUGUAUAUAUGGCUUUAUUAAGCAGAUUUAAAGUAAUUUUAAGUUGUAGAUUUUACAAAUGCUCAAUAAUUUAUAUUGGCCCACAACAUAAUGGCAAAUGCACACAAUAUGUAAUAUACUUUUCUAAAGUAAUACCCUGUUCAUGGUAUUUGAAUAAACACUUCAUGUGAAAACACAUGUUGUAAGACUGUAAGAUGUUCCCAAUCUUUUUGAGGCUUAAUACGAGUCUCCCUUUCCGAUAGGGACCUAAUGCAUAUUCGUGAAGUGUCUUCCCUGAUUAGCCUGCUCAGGGUAACCAGGGAUGACACUUUCCUCUUUUCAGGUAUUUUUCAAGUCUCUUCUAUGAGAAUGUCCAGUUGAAAAGUGUCAUGCCCUAUUAGCCUGUGCGGACUGCAUUGGCUUAUCUGUAACGAAACUCUUAGCACAUGUAUUAACCUAGUUUCCCCUGAGGGAUUGUCAAACAUGUAUAGUCAUAUAAAUUACCUGUAUGUGAUAGCAGAAAUGUUUCUCUUGGAAUAAAAAGCUUAAUUUUCGAUGUACUUACCAAAAGGAAAGCAUUCUAUAAUUUGUGUGUGCCUUUGUAUAAGAGUGUUUUUGUUUUAAUUUUACAUUUAAAUAUUGUAUGUUAAUCACGGACUCUAUAUGAUAUACGCUCCGUGGUUAAAUGUGUAAUGUACAAUUUACAUUGACUGUUUAAAAUAUUUUCAUCGCCAAUAGUGUAUUCAUUAAAUAAUUCAAUAAGAAGUGUGCAUUUUAA